CAGAUACUUCUUGCUCUCUCCUUCUCUCUCCUCUAGAGAGAGAAACAAAGCACUUUUCCUUCUCUCUCUGAAAAAAUAACUUGCUUUAUUUCCCUCUGCAUACGUAUCUGUCUCUCUCUCUCCUCUCUUUCUCUCUCUACCUCUUAAGCUCCGUUUGUUGGCCACCUGCCUUUUGUUCCUUCUCACAGCGGGAAAAUGCCUCUCUCGUCAAUACCAAAGCCCUCACUUCCUCCAUAAAAACCACCACCACUUCUCAUUCUCAAUUCUCAAUUCUCAAUUCUCAAUUCUCAAAACCUACACUACAUUUUCCAAUUCAACUCCAAUUCUUCAAUGAAGCUCAAACAGCCCUCCAACUCAUCCCCUCAAACCCUCACCGCCACCACCCCCUCUCACGACCUCCUCGUCCGCGAGACUCUCCGAAUCAGCGCCAACCUCGCCUCUGCUCCGCCGCCAUCGGUGGUGGGGGCGGAGAACGCUGCUGGAUUGAGACCGCACGAGGCCAGCUUGGGGAUCGUUGAAGAGCAAUUUGUUGAUUCCAGCUUGAGAUUGAUCUGUUGCGAAGAAAUCGAUGGCCGGAGAUGGAAGUACUUCGCUCAAAACGCCGGUUCCAGGCAAUUCAAGAAGGGAUCGAUCCGUGCCAUUAGCUUGCAGAAUCCCCAGGCACCUGUUGAUGAAUUGAUGUCAUUCAUAAGAUCAUAUGUAGUGCCAGAAGGUUUCCCCGAUAGUGUUACCCCUUCAUAUGUGCCAUACAUGACAUGGAGGGCUUUGAAGCACUUCUUUGGUGGAGCUAUGGGUGUGUUUACAACACAAACACUUCUGAAUUCGGUUGGAGUCUCCAGAAACAGAGCAACUCCGGGAGCUGUAGCAAUCAACUGGAUUCUGAAGGAUGGUGCUGGUCGGGUUGGAAAAAUGCUUUUUGCUCGGCAAGGGAAGAAAUUUGAUUAUGACCUGAAACAGCUUCGGUUUACAGGCGAUCUUCUAAUGGAGUUGGGUGCUGGGAUAGAAUUGGCAACUGCAGCUAUGCCUCACCUUUUUCUGCCGAUGGCCUGUGUUGCCAAUGUGGCUAAGAAUGUCGGUGCUGUCACAUCAACAUCUACUCGUACUCCAAUAUACAAAGCCUUUGCAAAAGGAGAAAACAUUGGAGAUGUUACUGCAAAAGGAGAAUGUGUUGGCAAUGUUGCUGAUCUGCUGGGUACCGGGUUGAGUAUCAUGCUUGCAAAAAGAAAUCCAUCUUUAGUUACCACAUUUGCACUCCUCUCAUGUGGAUAUGUUCUCAGCUCUUACCAAGAGGUAAAAUCUGUUGUGCUGCAUACACUGAAUCGGGCAAGAUUCACUGUGGCAGUAGAGUCCUUCCUUAAGACAGGCCGAGUUCCAACCUUGCAGGAGGGAAAUAUGAUGGAAAAUAUAUUCAGUUUUCCAUGGGCAAAACACAGGCCCAUCGUUCUUGGACCAAGAUUUAAGGAUGCGUUCCAAGACCCAAAUUCAUAUCUUGCCGUAGAACCCGUCUUUGAGAAAGAGAGAUAUAUUGUGACAUACAAUCCUUCUAAGCGUAAUAUAUAUGCAUUGCUCAAGGAUCAAGCAAAAUCAGAUGACAUUUUGAAAGCAGCUUUCCAUGCUCAUGUGCUUAUGCAUAUCAUUCGUUCAUCAGAUGAGAAUCAAUCUUCUUCUAGAAAGCUUCAGGAAAAUGAUCAUUCAGUGUUAUUGCCCCCUACUCCUGCUCUUGAAGCUCAUAUUGUGGAAUCUUAUAAGAUGGUCUCAGCUUUAUACGCACCUUUCAAGAGAAUAGCUAUGGAACAGGGAUGGGUGAUGUCCGAAUCACUUCUUAAUCCUGGCCGAGCUCGCCUUUGUGAAGUGGUGAAUUGAGGUGAUAUGCUAGACUUCACGACCUCUACACAAACUUGCGUCUGGCUUGCCCUAGGUGCUCAGAUUCGUUUUGACCGUUAGAACAACUUCUAUGGACAAGGCGACGUGCACAGCUGGAUGGGCUCGCAUUGCACCAAAGGAAUCAUGGGAGUAUAUUGUCAUAGAAACGGUCAGUCCUCAAUGUAGGCACACAGUGCAUAGUCUUUGUCUUGCCAUAAGGAGGAUUGAAUGAUCUUCAUCUUCAGCUGAAGAGAGAAAAAAAACCACAGUUACCACGUAGCUGUGAAGUAUAGCAGUCCAGUAAAACAAAAGAGUCCAUUUUUGUUUUUCAAAUUUGUAAUUUUUUUUUUUUUUUAAACGGGUUUUGCUUUCCACGUUAUAGAAAGAAAAAUAAAAAAUAAAAAAAAAAUUCGGGGAUU